UGUAAUGAAUUGAAUUCCUUUAUUAUAUUUUAAUGAGAUGUGGUCAACUCGUCCCACCACUAUAUAAGCGGAGCCUUCUUCCAACUCUCUGCAUCUCUACAUUUCUUCAUACAUCAAAUUAAAACCAGCAAAUCCUAUCAUGGCCACCAAACUCCACAUUGUGUACUACUCCACUUACGGACAUGUUGAAAAGUUAGCGCAUGAAAUCAAGAAAGGAGCCGACUCCGUUGAAGGCGUAGAGGCGAAGCUCUUUCAGGUUCCAGAAACCCUGUCCGAUGAUAUCCUCGGAAAACUGGGCGCACCCCCGAAGAGUGACGUUCCGAUCAUAUCCCCCCACGACCUCCCGGAAGCCGACGGUUUCAUCUUUGGGUUCCCCACCAGAUACGGAAUGAUGGCUGCUCAGUUCAAGGCGUUUCUGGACGCCACCGGCGGUCUGUGGAGGUCCCAGGCGUUAGCCGGCAAGCCCGCCGGCCUUUUCUACAGCACCGGUUCCCAGGGCGGUGGCCAAGAAACUACCGCGCUAACAGCAAUUACUCAAUUGGUUCACCACGGGAUGAUAUACGUGCCGAUCGGGUACACCUUUGGAGCGGGCAUGUUUGAGAUGGAGCAAGUGAAGGGCGGGAGCCCUUACGGUUCGGGGACUUAUGCGGGGGACGGGUCCCGGCAGCCAAGCCAGCUGGAGCUGGAGCAGGCCUUCCACCAAGGCAAAUACAUCGCUUCUAUCACCAAGAAGCUUAAAGCAGGAUCCGCUGCUCUCUAAUCCAUCUCCCGGCCCAUCAUCCAUUAAUUGCCCUCCCAAAUAAAGACGCCCGCCCGACCCAGCCCCUUUCUUAAUUAAUGUAAAAGUGUUUUUAAUUAAAGUUUUUGGCCUUAUUGUUUGUGUUCUUUUAUUAGUAUAUAUGUAUUAUUGGAGGGGUUUGAGGCGGGAAUGCAACCCCAAUUCAAUAUUGUUGUACUAUACAUACAAACCAUUAGUUAAAUAAUACUAUCUCGGUCGCCUUUUUAUUGUCC